AUGGAAUAUAACGGUACUUUGCAUGAUUAUAUUUCUGAAAAUAAAACAUUAAGUUGGGAUAGAAAAAUAAAAAUAUUGAAAGAUAUAGCUCAUGCACUACAAACAAUUAUUAUUGAUAAGCAAAAGGCUAAAAUAAAACAUCCAAUAUUUUUGGAAUUAAGUGCUGCUAUUAGCCUUUCUUCUAUGGAAGAACAAAUAGAUGGCAUAACAAUAUACAGGAAUAAUGUAGCAUUUAUAGAUCAAGAAGUUAUUAAAAAUCCAUAUCUGAAAUUUAAAUCGAAAUCUGACAGUGUUCGCGAAAAACCCGUUAUUGGCACUCCAGUAUCAUAUGCCGAUUUAUAUCGGAAAUGCUGGAAAGAUGAUUCAGAGUGUCGACCGACGAUGCAAGAAAUCUGUGAUCAGCUUGAGAUAUUACAAGAGGAACCAUUUUAUAUUGGCGAAGAGAUACCUGAUUGUAAAGAAGAGAUACCUGAUUGUAAAGAAGAAGAGAUACCUGAUUGUAAUGAAAAAUACAUGAAUCUUUCUAAAGGAGGAUUAAGGGAGAGUUUUAAAAGAAUUCUAAAAUACAAGAAUCCUUCAAAAGUAGGAUUACGGAAGCAAUUUGAGAAAUUCGGUAGUGAAAAAAAAGCGAAUGAAAGAUUUUAUGAUCUUAAAGAAUUGACUAACGUAAAGAUAAUUUAUGGAGAGUUUGGAAUGACGAUGCUUAAAGCCAAGUUGGGAGGCUAUGGGACAACCGUUGCUUUUAAAAGUUUGAAAGUUAAUGCAAAUUCUGAUGAAUUAUAUAGAAAGUUUAAAUUUUUACAAAGAGCAAGUUUUCAUUCGAAUAUAAUUCAUUUAUAUGAUUUAGCCAAGAAUGAAGAAGCCACCAAAAAGCCCUUAAACAGGUUACUUGAAAAAGCUAUGUUGGAACAAAAAAUUGCUUAUUUUGAUUCUUUCGAGUUUAGUGAUGUUAAUAAAGUUGCUAAAGGAGUAUACAAGGCAUCAUGGAAAAAUUAUGGAAUAAUGGUUACUCUUAAAUGCUUUAAGGUUAAUGAUAAAAGUUUAAAAGAGAAGUUUAUUGAACUAUAUUCAAA